AGCUGAUAAGAACAACCAUGCACCAUAUAUAUAGCCUAUUGGAGCGCGCGAGAAUAUUUUAUUCAUAAAAAAUUCGACGAAGCGCACUGCUUCGCAAACGCGAGAGAGUGAUUCCAGUUGACAUUUUCCUCUUUCGCGCUGGAAUUCGAAUGGAUUCGACCGCCAAUUUGCAGAGCUCGAGCUCGAGCUCGUUGAGAUUUGCCGAGAAAUUCUGCGCGGCUUUGAUUCCGAUCGUAGCGCUAAUCGACUCGCUGAUAUUCGCGGUUUCCGGCUGCUUCGAUUGCGAAAAUCGGAGUCGGAGAAAGAAGCCGCGCUUUGGAUGUGCGGAGAUUGCUCGACUCUCUGAAGAAUCUCGAUUUUCUGUAAAUGAAGUGGAGGCGUUGUAUGAGUUGUUUAAGAAGCUAAGUAGUUCCAUCAUUGACGACGGCUUGAUUCAUAAGGAAGAGCUUCAGCUGGCUUUGUUCAGAACUACAAGUGGCGAGAAUCUUUUUGUCGACAGAGUUUUUGAUCUUUUUGAUGAGAAAAAGAAUGGAGUGAUUGAGUUUGAGGAAUUUGUCCAUGCUCUUAAUGUGUUUCAUCCUUAUGCCCCUGUUGAAGAGAAGAUAGAUUUUGCAUUCAAGCUAUACGAUCUAAGACAAACUGGGUUCAUCGAGCGAGAAGAAGUGAAGCAGAUGGUGAUUGCGCUAUUUGUGGAAUCUGAAAUGGAGCUCUGUGACGAUGUCUUGGAGCAAAUAAUUGAUAAGACGUUUGCAGAUGCUGAUGCUGAUGAAGAUGGUAAGAUCAGUAAAGAAGAGUGGAAGGCUUUCGUGUUACGACAUCCCUCUUCGCUCUUGAGGAACAUGACCUUACCCUACUUGAAGGACAUCACUACUGCUUUCCCGAGUUUCGUGUUCAACACCGAGGUUGAAGAUUGAGACGCACAGAUCGUCUCUCGGAUCAGUAAUGCUGCCAGACCACUUGGUUGGGAGAGAGUCGCGUUGCGCUGGUAAUUCUCUCUGCCGUUGCCGGAGACGGGCAGCGGCGCACCACCACCCUCAGGAGAACCUUGAAGAGUAAGCAUUUUUUAACACGCCACUCACCAGAUUGGAAUUUGCUGCUGGUAAUUGUAUUCUUCGACAUCGGUGGCAAGAUGUAGCUUUGCUUAGUUAGGUUAUAUGUUAUGCAUAUAUCAAAACUAUUAAUGCUUUUAUGUUUAGUGAGAAGAGUCAAUUUUUGUGACAGGUACAGCUAAGAACAGAAUAAGUGCAACGAAAAUGGCGAACAUUUGUCAUUUUUUUUUU